AUGAUGGCGGCCAAUAUUAAAUUUCAAUCGAGCACCACCACCACGACCACCAAGGCCAAGUUGGAACGAAUAGGGGCUCAUUCUCAUAUUCGGCAUGGGUUGGGAUUGAAUGACUUGUUGGAGCCGUUGCCCAACUCGACGUUGAUUGGGCAACACAAGGCCCGUCGUGCCAUGGGCAUUGUGGCCCAUAUGAUCAAGACGAGUCCUAUGGGAGGUCGAUCGGUGCUCUUGGCAGGUCCUCCAUCGACGGGUAAAACAGCCUUGGCCAUGGCCUUGUCUCAAGAAUUGGAAAAGACGUCACAAGCCGCCAUGACAAGUCGCAGUGGUAGACCCAUUGCGCCCAGUGGCACUGGACAAAGCAAGGCUCCCUUUACCAGCCUCAGUGCCCCGCAAGUAUUUUCUUUGGAGAUGAGUGCCACUGAAGUAUUGACACAAUCCAUUCGACAAUCCAUGGGAGUUCAAAUUGAAGAAGAAACCGAAAUUAUCUGCGGAGAAGUGGUCGAACUGCAGAUGGACACCACCCUCAACACCAACAAUAAUGGUGGAAAAUACAGCAAAACGGGUAGACUGACACUCUGCACCACCGAAAUGGAAACCGUCUAUGACUUGGGUACCAAAAUGAUGGAAAUGCUGCGCAAAGAAAAGGUCAGUGCCGGGGAUGUCAUUCAAAUUGACAAGGGGUCCGGCAAAAUUUCCAAAUUGGGACGCAGUUUUUCGCGGUCACGGGAUUACGACGCCGUGGGCAGCACGACAAAUUUUGUCCAGUGUCCCGAGGGAGAACUGCAGCAGCGCAAGGUCGUGCAGCAUGUGGUGACGCUCCACGAAAUUGAUGUCAUUAACAGUCGACAACAAGGAUUCCUCGCACUCUUUGCUGGUGACACGGGAGAAAUCAAGGCCGAAAUUCGAAGUCAGAUUGAUGCCAAAGUGGCUGAAUGGAGAGAAGAGGGUAGGGCCACGUUGGUACCGGGUGUUUUGUUUAUUGACGAGGUACACAUGUUGGAUAUGGAGUGUUUCUCCUUUUUGAAUCGAGCCUUGGAGGGGGAACUGGCACCCAUUUGUAUUCUGGCCACCAACCGCGGCAUGGCCACCAUUCGUGGUACAACCUACAAGAGUCCUCAUGGUAUUCCAUUGGAUUUGCUGGACCGCCUAAUGAUUAUCCCCACUGAACCCUACACGGCAGAGGAACUACGACAAAUAUUGAAGAUCCGAUGCACCGAGGAAGAAGUGGAAAUGACACCGGAAGCACUCGAGUUGUUGACAAGAAUUGCUCAUGAAACCAACAGUUUGCGCUAUGCCAUGCAAAUGAUCAUGACAGCAUCACUGCGAUCAAGAAAACGCAACAAGGCCGCAUCCAUGGUGGAACUCAAAGAUGUACAGCAUGUAUACAAACUCUUUGUUGAUGUACAACGGUCUACCAAGUUCAUCAUGGAGUAUCAGAAUGACUUUCUCUUUAACGAAUUAAAUUCUGAUGGAAACAGGGAAGAGGACAAGGAAGCGGCAAAAUCGGAAGGAGACGCUGAAAUGGAACCCAAAGAGAAAGACUUGGAAAAGGCAGACGAUGCAACAGGGAAGAAUGAGGCUGAAUCAAUGGAAGUUAGCUAA